AUGCAGUAUAACAAAUUGGUCAAUACACUUUUGGAUGCUUUUACAAAAGAAUAUCCAAAAAGGAGAUUUCUUUUAACUAAACUUCUUGGUUCUGGUGCGGAAGGAGGAGCCUUUCUUGCUUCCGCCUCUGAUUGGGGCAAUAAUCCUUCAUAAGUAGUAAUUAAAAUACAAAAAAACAUGAAACCUAAUGAAAAAUAAUUUCUUAGUUGUUUAGUAGAGUACCAAAAUUUAUAUGAAAAUGGAAAUAAUUAAUAAUAUCUUCCUACUUAUUUAAUCAGAAUAUAUGAAUAUUUUUAAUGGUAAAAGAAUCAUUGCAUUGUUAUGGAAGUUGGACAAGAAGAUUUAUAUCGUUUCAUAAAUAACAGUAGGAAUGUAUCAAUAUAAGAAAAAGUACAAAUUUGUUUUUAGGUAUAUAUUUUAAUAAAUAUAAUUAUAGAUUAUUUACCCAAUUCUAUUUCUACAUUAAUAGAAGUUAAUCCAUCGAGAUAUUAAACAAGAAAAUUAUAUUAAAGUAGGAAAUGUUUUUAAACUUAUUGACUUUGGUUUAAUUAGGAGUUCGUUAUCUGAUGUUAAAACUUUAUAAGUUGGUAGUACAAUAUUUCAAGCACCAGAAAUUAUAGAAAAUAGAAGUGAUUAUACAGAUAAAGUUGAUAUCUGGUCAUUAGGAUGUGUUUUUUAUGAAAUAUUAGCAACUUAACCUUUGUUUGAUGGUAUAAAUAAAUUUAUAAUCUUAGGAUAAACUCAUUAAGAAGUAACUAAAAAUAUUAAAAAUCAUAAAACCUACCCAGUUCCUGUUAAUAAUAAAAUCAAUUAAUUAUAAAUUUCAUAAUAAUUUAAAACCAUUUUAACUUCAAUGCUAAUUUAUGAUGAAAAGAAAAGGCCAUCAAUAUAAUAAGUUUAUGAUGUAUUCAAAAGUUACUUAAAUCCAUAAUAAAAAGUAAUUUCAUAAAUUAUACCCAAACAAGAUAUUCCAUAACCAUAUGAACAAUAAGAAAAUAAUAAACAACAAUAAAUAAAGCCUCAAAAUACAAAUCCUGCUAUUAAAUCUGAAAAUAAUAGUUCUGAAUAAUUAAAUUAAAUUAUCCAAAAUAAAGAACCUAAUUUAAAUUAAUAAUAACCAAAUAUUGAUUUUAAAAAAAUAAUUUAAAAUAAUAUUGAAUAAAUUGAUACAGAUAUUAAAAGUAAUAAAGAAACUAAUAAUUUAAAUUAAAAUUAAUUAAAAAAUGAAAAGUUUUAGGAUUGUUUAAAAAAUUAGGCAUUCCAAAUUCCACUUCAUUAAGAUUAAUAUAUUACUUAAUGCAAUGAGGUAUUUGAGAAGUUAAUUAAGGAGGGAUAGUAAUAGAUUAAAGAUACCCUAACAAAUUAAAAGAGUUUAUAUGAAAGUAAAAUAAAUGAAUUAAAAAAUGAGUUUCAAACUUAAAAUAAAAUUAAUUAAAAUAAAAUAGAUUUAUAGAAUAGUUAAAUAACUGAAUUGAUAAAAUAAGUAGAAAAUUUAAAGUAAACUUUAUUUUAUGAAAAAUAGUCAACAAAAGAAACAACUUGAAUAAGAUUAAUAAAAUUUUAAAUUAGAGAUAGAACGAUUCAAAUAGAAAAUCAAAGAUGAAGAAGUAAAAUUCAAUACAGAAAAAAAUUAACUGAAUAAAGAAAUAAAAGAAUUUAAGGAAAAAAUAAAUAAAAUGAAUUAAUUUUCUGAAAAUUUAAAAAAGGAGAAUGAAAAUAAAAAUUAAGAAUUAUAAAAGUUGUUUAUUAAAAACUAAAAUAAUGAAACACUAAUUUAAGAAAUCUAAGAUAAAUUAAAAGAAUCAAGUACUUCUCUAAAUAAAGCUAAAAGUUUGGCAGACAUCUUUUAAAAUUAAGAAAAAGUUUAAAAAAUUUAAAUUAAAACUUAAGAUUAAUAAUCAAUCAUUUAAGAAAUAACAUAUUCUUAAGAAUAAAAAAGUGAGAAUCCUUGUUUAAAUAUAUAAUCAACAUAGGAAUACAAGAAUCUUAUUGAAAAUUUAAAAACUGAAUUAUAGAAAUAAAUUAAUGAUGUUUUAUUAGUUUAAGAAAAUAGAAAUAAAGAUUAGUUAAAUUUAAUUAAAGAAUAACACUCAAGUCAAAUUAUUAAUUUAAAUAAUGAAAUUGCAGAUUAAAAUAAUUAAUUAAAAAAUAUCACAUAGGUUUCUUCAAUAGAAAAAGAAUAAUUAAAUAUCGAAAUUGUAGAUUUGAAGAAUCAAAUAGAAAAUAUAAAAUAAAGCUCUGAAAAAGAAAAAGAAUAAUAAAAUCUUAGAAAUAGUCAAAUGGAAAAUAGUAACCAAGAGUUAAAAAGAUAAGUAGAAUAAUUAAAUGAAAGUCUUAAUUAAUAAAAAUCAUAAUUUUAAGAAUUGUAAUAAAAUAGUUAAAAAGAAUUGAAUGAUUUGAAAUCAGAGUUAGUAGUGUGUUAAUAGACAAGUUAAGCAGAAAAAUUAAGACAAAGUAAGGAAAUUGAUGAAUUGAAUGGAAAAAUACAAAAGUAUGAAGAAGAUAACAAGAUUCAAAAUGAAAAAAUUAAAAAGUAUGAAGAAGAUAACAAGAUUCAAAAUGAAAAAAUAAAAAAGCAUGAAGAAGAUAACAAGAUUCAAAAUGAAAAAAUUAAAAAGUAUGAAGAAGAGAUCAAGAUCCUAAAUGAAAAAAUAAAAGAGCUUGAAGAAUAGAAUUUAAAUAAAAAUUAAGAAUUACAAAAAUUAAAUUAAGAAAAUUAACAAUUUAAAGACAAUCUAAAUUAAGCAAUAUAACCUUAAAACCAAGUGAACGCCUUAAUUGAAUUCUUUAAAUAGAAUUAGAAUUUAGAUGGUUAUAUAGAAAACAAUAGUGAAAAAUAUAUGGAAUUGGUUAGUCUGUUAAGUUAAAAUAAUUGA